AUGUUGUCUCACAUCAUUGAGUAUCAAUGUCAAUACACAGACCAGAUAAGAAAAAAGCACAAGACUUGGCAUGAUGGGAAAUUAAAAUAUUUCCAAUUGAAUAAUCGAUUCAUGCUUUACACUGAAACUGAUAAUGUUCUCUUAGCUACAGAAUUUACCACCAGUGCAAAGGAUAUCAAGAAUUAUUUAGAUCCUGCUGGAUUUGACGUCAUAGAGCAUCAGAUCUUCAGUAAAUUCAUCGUUAUAAUAUCUGAAGUCAUCUCAGAAUAUGAUAAAGAAGUACAUCUUACUCGAGCUAGACCCAUCAAUGGUGCUUCAACUGCAGUAUGCUCUCAACACUCAGGAACUAUUAUUGAUACUAACAAGGCAGUACCUUUGUCUUUGGGAGGCAAAACUGCAAUACCUAUUGAACGAAAAGUUGCUAAGAAACGACAAUUAAUAACAACGGACCAAGAUAUAAACAAGAAUACAAAUGAGCUUGCUUUAAAAUUUAACAAACCAUUCAAGCCACCCAGAUUGAUAGCAGACAGAAAAGAUACAACUCCAUUAAAGCCAAAUAGGCCAAGCAUAAGAGAUAGUCAUAGGGUAAAACUGGACAAUCCGCCUCUGCCGGAGAGUAAACCCAUCCAAAAGAAGAUAAAGAAAAUCACUACAGUACAAAAGCCAGAAACUCAUUCCCCAAAGCAUGAUAUCAUUGAAAUCAUAGAAGAUGUUAUUCCAAAGGUCGAGGAGUCACCACCAGUCCCAAAGAUCAAGAAACUUAGACGCAUACCAACAACUGGAAGUAAGAGAAUAAAAACAAUUCAUCAUAUAGCUAUUCAUUUAUAA